AGACAUUUUUGUCAUACCAGUUGACAGGAAACGAUUCACGAUCUGACCGUAGGACCAGAAAACAGAUCUGAAUUUACAUCUAACAGAAUUGCACUUUGUUGUGAUCGGAUAUCGGAAUCAAGAUGUUUUACACAUGUGGACCCAAUGAAGCCAUGGUGGUGUCUGGCUUUGGCCGUUCACCCCCUUUAAUGAUUGCUGGAGGAAGAGUGUUUGUCCUUCCAUGUAUCCAGCAAAUUCAGAGAAUCACACUGAACACCCUGACUCUAAACGUGAAGAGUGACAAAGUCUACACCCGACAUGGUGUCCCGAUCUCCGUCACUGGCAUUGCACAGGUGAAGAUCCAGGGUCAGAACAAGGAGAUGUUGGCCACCGCCUGCCAAAUGUUUAUGGGAAAGUCUGAGGCUGAGGUUGCCACGAUUGCUCUUGAAACCCUGGAGGGACACCAGAGAGCCAUCAUCGCUCAUUUGACUGUGGAGGAGAUCUACCAGGACCGCAAGAAGUUCUCCGAGCAGGUCUUCAAGGUGGCCUCCUCUGACCUGGUCAACAUGGGGAUUGGAGUUGUCAGCUACACACUUAAAGAUGUUCAUGAUGAUCAGGACUACCUUCACUCCUUGGGUAAAGCCAGAACAGCCCAGGUGCAGAAGGAUGCCAGGAUUGGAGAGGCUCAGUACAAACGAGAUGCUGUCAUGAGGGAAGCCAAUGCAAUGCAGGAGAAGGUUUCAGCUCAGUACAAGAAUGAGAUUGAGAUGGCCAAAGCCCAGAGAGACUACGAGCUGAAGAAGGCAGCCUAUGAUGUCGAGGUCAACACCAGGAAGGCUGAGUCAGAAAUGGCCUAUCAGCUGCAGGUGGCCAAAACCAAGCAGCGCAUCGAGGAGGAGAAGAUGCAGGUUCAGGUGGUGGAGCGGACCCAGCAGAUCACACUGCAGGAGCAGGAAAUAAUCCGUAAGGAGAACGAGCUGGAGGCUAGAAUAAAGAAGCCUGCAGAAGCUGAGAAAUACCGUCUGGAGAGGCUGGCUGAGGCACAGCGCCUGCAGCUCAUCAUGGAGGCUGAAGCCGAGGCCGAGUCCAUCAAAAUGAGGGGUGAGGCUGAGGCUUUUGCCCUGGAGGCUAAGGGUCGUGCCGAGGCAGAACAGAUGUCCAAGAAAGCAGAGGCCUUCAAGACGUACAAAGAAGGAGCCAUGGUGGACAUGCUGCUGGAGAAACUGCCACUGAUCGCAGAGGAGAUCAGCAAGCCACUGUGUGCAGCCCAUAAGGUGACUAUGGUGUCCAGCGGCGGCUCAGAGGUUGGAGCAGCCAAACUCGCCGGAGAGGUGUUAGAUAUCAUGACCAGGCUGCCUAACGCUGUGGAGAAGCUCACUGGAAUCGACAUCUCCCAGGCUGCAGGAAAGGGAGUGCAUUAAAAGAGCUGGGGAAAAGAAUUAUCAGGAGAGCUGUUACCAGUAUCCAGAGCUGGAGCUUCAGAUCUCCUCCUCGUGCCUAUAACCACUCAUCAAUAACAUAGCGCUGUCUGAUUGUCCGUGUGCAUGCAUGUGUUUCUCACGUGUCUCUUUCUUCUUCAUGUGAUCUGGAUUUUUGUUUCUGCUUCAUGUGGUUUCUUUUCAAGUUCCCUGUCUGGGCUGCUGUGGUUUUUUUCAGUGGGCGGCAGCAGAAAGCUGCGAAGGAUACAUCCUUAUCAAUAACUCUAUUUUAAAGCUAGAACAGACAAACCUCCACCCACGUUAGCCAGUGAUUGAUAUUUUUUUAUUUUACUGACUCAUUUUCCGUAUAGGGGAACUAGGUCGAUACAUUCUUGUUAUUUCUUUAAACUUUUUAAAGAAGAAAAUGGAGAAAAAGAGGAUUUUCUGGCUCAAACUUCACCAACUAACAAGGUGCAUGAAGAGUGAAAGGCUUAGAAGAGGUCAAAAUGCUCCAGCAACACUUGUAGUAAAAAGAUCAACUUUAUAACAAUUUAGACCGACGUGUUUCGGCUGGUGGCUUUCAUCAAGGUCAAAGAAGAAAAUGGAAAACAGCUGUUGAGCAUCUGAAAGUUUUUUUGUGCCUUUCCAAUCAUUAAAUGGUGCUGAUCCUAUUUUAUCAAUGUGUAGCUUGGUGUGGGCAUAUCGUUGCUAUCAUUGUGUACUCAACCAGUAUAAAGGGGCCAGGCUGGGGGUAUUACUAGUGUACUCCUCAUGUCUCUAUGUAGUAACAGACUGUUACUGCACAUACCAGUUGCACUGCAAGUGUGAGAAGUUUCUGUGAUUCAAAUGGAAGUGGUCAGUAGGAUCAAGGUAACAGGAGAUUACCUUUUGAAAGCAAUGAAGGUGAAGACAAUGUUGACGUUUGGCUCUGCUGCAGUGUCUUCUGGAGUCUUUUUAUACUGCGAGAGUUAUCAAGGACCACCACUUACUAACCAGCCUCCUGCUUUGGUGUGCUUGCUGCCUGUAGUCUAAACUGACAUAUGGAAGAUGGAGCAGUCUGAUUUUUGUUUUCUGUUGUGUUUAGUGUACUAAUGUUUCAUUAAAUUUUAUGUUAGUGUCAUAGAUUUUGGCUGAUUUUAGCUUUUACAGUUAUGGACUAUAAUUUCUCUUCAGUCAGUUCCUCUGAUCAGGAGCUGAUUCGUCAGAUUUUUUUUCAAACUUGAAUAUGAAACAUAACUUUUCCAGCUGCUAAGCUUUAUGCAUUUUGUUAUCGCUAAGUGCCUGGUUCUUCAACAGUGAAUAUAAGUGCACUUCUUUAAUGAAGCUGUUCAACCUCAGUCAGGUAAUACUUCCUUAUAUGCAACUGGUUAUAAGCCAUGUGCCGUCACUCAAGACGGCUGUAGAUGGAAGCCAAAUCAGUCCCCUAUUUUAUCGUAUGCUCCUUUUUACUAAUCCUUUUACUUUUCUUAAGUGUGUUGUUGCAUGUCUAUCCUUUAAGUCGGCAAAGCAGUUUUUACAUAGUGUGGAAGUUGUAUACUAGUGUCACAUAUUCAAGAUUUAUCUGAAGUGAAAUAAUCUGUAAACAAUAAAACGUGUUAUCACUCAAA